GACAGUGCACAGGCCAAAGUGUGCUGAUGCUCAGGAAGCAGAGCACCGACCAUUACCCGCUGUAGAAGUUUUAGCGUGAUAUUCUAUAGCUUGUUGUAAAGAUCGCGGCUGCAAUCAAACGCAUACAGAUAUAGUUUAAAUUAAGAAAAAUAAUGCUGGAUGGUUGCGCUGAUGAAGUUCAACAUUUGCCGGCUGCUGGGUUUGGGGAGUGGCUCCAGUGACCAGACGCUGGAGAAGAUGGAGACUGGCGCUACAUCUGACCACAAUCAAGACUCACUCUCUCAGAACGGUUUGAAUGGAGAGGAGGGUCUCAGUGAAGAGGAAAAGGCCAGAAGGAGAGCUGAGAGGCGAAGAGCUAAACGGAAGCGUCAAAAAGAACGGAAGAAGCUCGAGCGAGGGAAAAAAGAUGAGCACGCUGUACAGGAGGAGGAAGAGCAUGCAGGUGUUGACUCAGAGCUGGAUGAUAGCGGCUCCGAAGUUGAUGAGGAGCAGAUUGAGGCACCGCAGAUGGAAUUGAGUGAAAAAGUGAAGGAGAAUGAAUGUCCUCCAUGCAAGGGUAGUGCCACACCACCACUGGCUUCAGGAAACAAAGGAAACCAGCAGCCGACAGCUUGCGCCAGUGAGGAGGAUCCAGAGUGGGAUGUAAGCAGUGCCUUUUUUGCCAAUGCUGCUAGUCACAUCAGGCCCAUAGCCAAGAGCAAAGCAGGCCGUAAAUCCAAAGAGAACAAGGAAAACGAGGCCAGAAUCAAAGAGGUCAGUGGAUCUGAGUCUGUGACUAAAAGAAGUGCCUUACUGACUGAAAAGGGAAUCAGACUGGUAAAUGAGGGGCAGUACAGUGAGGCUGUUAAUAUGUUUACAGAAGCUAUCAAAUGUGACCCGAAGGACUACAGGUUUUUUGGGAAUCGCUCAUACUGUUAUUACUGUCUGGAUCAGUACUCUCCAGCACUUGCUGAUGCUGAAAAAUCGAUUCAGAUGGCCCCCGAGUGGCCUAAAGGUUAUUACCGCAAGGGAAGUGCUCUCAUGGGCCUUAAGAGGUACAGUGAGGCUGAGAAAGCGAUGGAGCAGGUCCUGAAGCUGGAUAAGGACUGUGAGGAGGCAGCCAAUGACCUUUUCUACUGCAAAGUGCUGCAGUUAAUGGAUCUCGGAUAUGAAGAGGAGCAAAGCGUGCUUCUGCUUGAGAAGUACAGCACAAUACAAGCUGUUCUGGCAGCCAGAGCAGCAAACAGCGACUCUACACUUCUUCAGCCAGGAAGUCCGUGCCCUUCUCUCUGGGUGGGUAACGUAACCACAGAACUGACGGAGAAGCACCUGUGGGACCUUUUCAAAAACCACGGAGAAAUUGAGAGCAUCCGAGUGCUGCACGAGCGUUUCUGUGCCUUUGUGAACUUCAAGAAUGCCAGCAUGGCUGCACGGGCCAUGGAAAAGCUCAAUGGCCAUCUGAUAGAAAACACAAGGUUAGUGGUCCGGUAUCCAGACAGACGCAUUCUGAAACCAUUCCCUGUUUCUGCUGCACCACAGGCCACAGGGACUGCAGGAGCAAAGCGCAGGGGUCCUGUCAAUGGAGACGAGUGCUAUUUCUGGAGGACCACUGGCUGUUAUUUUGGGGACAAGUGCCACUAUAAACACAUUCCUGAACAGCGGGGCAAAGACAGAAAGCCCUGGCAGCCCUGAAUUUAGUGCACUCAUCCUCCUCUCUUCACUUUCACCUCUGUUUCUAAAUUAUUUUCUAUUUUUCUCACUCAGAGCUAGUGGAAAUGGAAAGAGAUUACAUGGACUGUGUGAGUUCAGAGACAUUUAGUCAUUGGAAUGGGAUUUGGGCCUGUAUUGUCUAACUGCGAUGCUCUUGGCUCAGAUCAGCAAUGACUUUGGUGCCUUGAAGUUGGUGAUGUUAUCACUUACAGAUUCUUCAAGAAUGAACAGAAUGUGACUCAGAACAGAGAGCAGUACCUUUAGGAAAAGGUUUGAGCAUUUGGUUGAGGCCAGAGUUCGAGCCCGGACCUGGUGUCUCCUAUCAUCUCUGCUCCUCUUUCUUCUGUGCCAACACCACUGAGCCAAACCACAGCCUCUGAUCACUUCUCACUUUUGAGUUCAUCCCAAACAAAUGGCCUUUUAUAUAGACGAGGUGACGUGAAGCCUUUCUCACAGCUCCAUGUUCUUUUAUGCCUUAUCAAGAAAUCUCACACCAAGAAAGGGCUCGGGUAAAGCCUAGUGUUGAAGUCUGCUAAAAAGUGUGAGGAUUUUACCAAAGAAUAAGACCUUGUUUUCUAUGGAGUACAUGAGUUGGAAAAAAAACAUUAGAAUCAGAAACAUCAUUUUAUAUUUGUUUAUCAUGUGCCAUUUUUAUGAAAGGUUAAGUUUAAAUUUGUGAGCAUUUCGGUUCAGUGUAUUUGUGACCAGGCUUACUUUGGUUUAUGACUAACAUUGUGGAGGCAUAAUGUUUAGUUGGAGUAAACAAAAUUUUUAUUCCUUUUCUGAAAGGGUCAUUGAUGUGUUGCUUAAAAAAAAUAAAAAAGUCAUCAAAAUGGGUUAAAACCGGCAUUUAAAUGCUGAUUUUAUCCAAAAUAAUUGUUUUUCCCCUUUCUAUAUUGUUGCACUUUAUACUUAAGCACACACUAUGUAAAAUUUUCUAGUAUUGGUCGUUUGGGAGAUGGUGCAUGUUUUAAUAUAAAGAAUUAGUUUUAUAUUGAAAUGUGCAUUAAGAUUCUAUUUUUUCCAAAAAGGUAUUGACUACAAGUUUUUUUUUUUGUUUUUUUAAAGCAUUUUUGUUGUCUGUUCUUUCCAGUUAAUAUGAAUUGUAUGACUGCAAUUCCAUCCCACUUAACAAAAGUCUCCUUAAAUAUUGUUUACGUAUUGUGUUUAGGAAGUUAUCCAAAAUUAUUCAGUGUUGUGAAUGUUUUUCUUGUUGUUCCUCUGAUUUUCCUUGAUUUUUUUUGAAACCCAGGAAGUUGUUCUUACCCAUGUAUACUGGACCAGGCCACUGUGGACUUUCUUCUUUAGCAUAAGAUAAUUGUAGCAGCUGAUUAGUUAAAAGGAAAUUGGUACUAGAUUAGACUCGAAUUACCAAAAGAUUUGUCAGGAAGCAGCAGAGCAUCAUUUCUAGCAUGUGGAAAAACGUCUGAAAUCAGAGAUUUUUUUUUUUUUUUUUGUUUGUUUGGAAGAUUUUUUUUUUAAUUGUAUUGAGUGCCUGAUUUACUGUUUGACAAAAAAAAACAAAACAAAAAACACUACCAGUUGUGCAGUACUUUAGUCCUAAAAAGCUGACACGUCAAAGUGUUUGGUGUUUUCUCUGAUAUAGCAGGCUUUGCUCAACAUCACUCUGUCAGGUGUGUACAGAAACUAUACUGCCACAUCACAUGGUCAUGUCCAUGUCUUUACCUUUUUGCUAGUCUAGUGCACAACUCAUGACUGCACAGUAAUAUUUUUCCAAAUUGAACCCUGUGGUCAGUCUUUAAUUGAAUGCAGUAGCUAGUUUGAGAAACAUCAAUUUUGUUGCAUUAAUUUAGGUUCUAUCUUCCUGGAGUGACAUCAGUAUGGAUAUUAUUCUUCACACUAGUGUGAUGUAUACUGGUUUAAUAACUUUGGGCUCAUCAUAUUAAGAGUGUAUAAUAGUGAGCGCACAACAACAAAAAUCUCUGCAUUUUAUUGUUUUGCUUUUUUUUUUUUCCUGACGUCUGUAAACAUGCAUCUUGUUUCCAUUAUUCAUCGAAACAAACAAUUCUGAAUAAAAGCCCUGCUGUUUGUUUUUGUUCCCCUUAAUUUGCCUCCAUGUUUCUGGCACUCUCCAUGUAGCAGCAAAAGCCAAUAUACUGUAUAUUAACAUUCUGUGUCAAAAUCCUGAAUUUUUUGUGGCUUUAAGUGCGUUUCCUCUCUGUCUUAAUCGCCAUAUUGUAACUUUAACAUACAACUACAUCUCAAUAGACAAUCGUCUCAUUAAGUGUUAUUUUUCCCUGCACUGUACUGCCAAAGAGAUCCUUGUGUAAAAAAUAAAAAUAAAAUACUGACUAACAUUUUCUGGUUGGUUUCCAUGAAGCAUCUAAACAAAUAAAUUUAAAAAAGAAAGAUGA